AUGCCCAAGAAUAUGGGAAAGGGCGGCAAGUCCUUUAAAGCCGGUAACGCGAAGGGAAUCAUGCAAAACCAAAAGCGUGAGAUCGUUUUGGCUAACCCUGACGAAAAUGAGGAAUAUGCGCAGGUGAAGAAACCUCUCGGUAAUCUUCGACUUGAGCUGCAGUUAGCCGACGGUAGCAAAGUUAUUGGUGUCAUUCGAGGGGCGAUGGUCCGCAAGGUUUGGAUUGGUCAAGGUGAUGUCGUGUUGGUUUCGAAGCGGGAGUUCAACGAAAAUGAUGUUGUUGAUGUUAUUCACCGUUACACGCCGCAGGAGGUGCGAAAACUUGUUAAGAAGGAAAUUAUCCCUCGUGACUUCCGCUCAGCAGACGAGCGCGACGCCAACAACGCCCACUCCGAUUAUGUGUUCGUGGCUGAGAAUGACGAGGACGACGAUGAUGAUGAUGACGACGACGACGCCAAAGUCAUCGACCGCCAUAAGGUCGUCUUGGAUGACCCGCUGGCAAACUUUGACGACCUCUGA